GCUCCGUGCUGCUGAUGUAAACACAGCGUCAGUCCCGUAACUCCCGUACAUGUACUAUGAUCCUGUAGCUCCCGUAGCUCCGCGCGGUGACAGCGGCCUGCAUCACGGAGCUUAACCCGAGCGUGUGCAUCUGUCGGCUGUGGAGUAGGCGCCUGGAGCCCGAGCCGCGGCCAUGGAGCUCUACAUCAGCCUCAAGGUCAAUUUCCGAGGCAACUCCAAGAGCUUCCUGCUGUCCGGCUCCGAGACCAAGAGCUGGGAGUCCCUGGAGGCCAUGAUGAAACGUUCCUUUGGCCUGUGCAGUCUGCAGCUCACCUACUAUGAUGAGGAGAAUGAAGAGGAGAUGAUCAGCAACCAAGUGGAUUAUGAAGAGGCGCUGAAGAGCGCAGCCAAACAGGGAAACCGUCUGCAGAUCAACGUGUACGAGGUGCGAGCACAGCCGACGCGCAUGGGCACGGCCAAAGCCAGCACCACCGAACCCAAGAGAGGCUUCAGACCCCCGCAACCCUGCCCUGCCCUGGCACAGGUGGUCAGCCGCAAGGUCCAGGCCGCCGUCCCCGACCAGGGCAUGAUGAUCUUGAAGGAGAUGAAGGGCACUAAAGAAGAAGAUAAGACUCCUCCAGCCUGGUUCACAUCCUACAUGGAGAAGUUCAAGGACCAGGUUGUGCGUGAGGCUGUGGAGAAGAUCUGCAGAGAGUUCUCUGGACAAUGUUGCAUCCAUAAACCAGUGGGCGGAGCUACAGUGGGAGGGGCGGCGUCCUCUGGGCGUGGGGAGGCUGUGGGAGCGGCUGAGCCUCCUCUGGUCCCUGAGGUGUCUUCUUCUGCUCUGCCCGGAGCCCCCACCUCCUCCACACCGCCCUGCUCGGCCUGCAGGGGGCAGACCACUGGGGGAGGGUACCAGUGCAGUGUGUGCACUGCCUGCACUCUGUGUGAGCCCUGCAGCUUCUCCCAUGACCCCAGCCACAACCUGGUGAGGGCGCGCACGCCUCUGUCCAUCCCCGAGCACGGCUCUCCUGCACCGGACCACAGCCGGUUUUAUCGCCGUGGAGACCGAAGUUUUCGCAAAGCAGAGAAGCAGCGGCUCAAAGCAGAAAAGCGCCUGCUCAAAGCUGAGGUCAAAGAGAUCCGCAAACAGCUGAGGAUGGAGAGGCGGGGCAUACAGUGGAGCUCCACCCACCGAGAAGGAUGCUCCUCCCCUGUCCUGCUGCAGCCCCGUGCUACUCAGCACACCAGCCCCGAACGUCCAAAGCGCCCCUGUCCCCUGGCGGUCCCUGCGAUGACUGCCACCUUUCUGGACGAGAACCUGCCUGAUGGGACCCGUCUCCGACCAGGCACCAAGUUCAUCAAGUACUGGAAGAUGAGGAACACCGGGAGUGUUGGCUGGACUCAAGACACCAAGUUGAAGUUCAUGUGGGGGAACCUGGCAGUGGGCUCAGGGGAGCGCUGGAGAGAGGUCUCUGUACCCUUCCUUCAGCCUGGACAGGUAGGUGGGGGUAGCGUGGCCCUGUGUGCGCCCCCUGUGGAGGGCUCGUACACAUCGCACUGGCGCCUGGCUCAUGCAGGGGAGCAGUUUGGGCCCCGGGUGUGGUGCAGCAUAGUGGUGGACCCCCUGGCCCCCGCCCCUGUCAUGGCCGAUGGGAUCCUGGUGUCCCCGUGUGUCACCCCACAGGGCAGGAACCCUGUCCACAAGGAGAAGCUGUGUGCCUCUGUAGCGCCCCCUCUGUUGCCGGUGGACCAAGAGGAGUACUGCAUCCCGUCAGUGGACCUGCUCACAGCUCAGGACCUGUUGUCCUUUGAGCUGCUCGACAUCAACAUUGUCCAGGAACUGGAGAGUGUCCCCAACAGCUCCUCAGCAGACUGCCCCCUGCAGGACAAAGGCAGCCCUAUUCUGGGCCUGAUCCAGGAAGAGACCGAGGUCAUCAACAGCAUCAUGGACAUGACACAUGCAGCAGCCUCAGGGGCCCCAGCUCCAGGGCCUUCGGGGGUUCCAGCACAGGAGGAGGGCCAGGAGGACCUCAGCAGUUCUCAGUUUGUCUGUGAAACAGUCAUUUGCUCCAUGACCCUGGAGGAGGCCCCUGAAGCCCGGCCUGUCCCAGAGCCCUGCCCAGGAGCUGCAGGAGACGCAAGGGCCUCAGGGGCCAAAGACAGUGCCCACACAGGGCCCUCCUCGUCAGCUGUGAAGAGUCUGAAGAGCCCGGGGACCAGUCCGUCUAAACCUCCCGGCCCUUUGCAGGCUCUGCCUGUGGCCCCCGCUCCUACUGUAGGCCCCUGCACUGCACAGGGGCCCCGUUCUGUCCCCACACAACUUCUGGCCCCGGCCACAGCUGCAGAUGAGGGGGGCCAGUGCACUAUGAAGAGCCUGUGUGUGGGGCCCACACAGGGGACCCAGCACAGCGACAGGCCUCGGAGCCGCUCCUCCUCCACCUCUUCAGAGGACUACAUCAUUAUCCUGCCCGACUGUUUCGACACUAGUCGACCCCUGGGGGACUCCAUGUACAGCUCUGCACUGUCACAGCCUGGAGAUGUUCCUGCUAGAACCUCCACUGACCCCUCUGUUGACCCCUCUGCUGACCCCUCCGCUGACCAGUCUGUUGACCCCUCUGCUGACCCCUCUGGUCCCUCUGAGAAAGUGUGCGAGGCCCCCGAAAGAGGCUCCUCCCCCAGCAGUGCUAACGACAUGCUGUGCACCUCCCAGACUCUGGACCAGGAGCCUCUGACUCCAGAGGUGGUGGCACCUCCUAUGGCUCACAGGUUAGGGAGCCCUGGUGCCACUGAGCCUCAGAGCACUGCUGCAGAUGGGGACGCACCGGACACUCCCCAGGACUCUAACUCUGAGCAGGACCAGGCUGAUGGAGGAGAACCUCCUGCAGAGCCGGAGCAGGAGCCUUCAGACAAUCCCAGCCACGCGGGGCUGACCAGUGGACUGGUCAAAGGAGCGCUGUCUGUGGCGGCUUCUGCGUACAAGGCACUGUUCACCGGACAGGGCCCCCCUCAGCCCCCGGUGGACGGCUCCUGUCAGGACGCCAUGCUGUCCGUGCUGCAGGAGAUGGGCUUCAGGGAUCGUGCUCUGAACCAGCAGCUGCUCCUCAAACACACCUACAACCUGCUGGACGUGGUCAACGAACUGGUGCACCUGACCGAGACCGAGUACUGACCUCUCUACUAGGGAUGGGCACUAUAUCAGUACCACUAUUGGUAUCCACCGCUAACAGUCCUCGAUACCGAUAUUCAGUGCUGAUAUUUUUUUCCUGCCGCCCCAUUCUCUGUGUGCAUUUUUUACAAAUGAGUCCAAAUGGAAACAGAAAAGCGUGUCACAAGUGUCACAGUAUUUUAAACCAGCUAAAUACAUUGUUAUGAUUUUUACAAAAGCAAGUUUAUUUGUGAUUUUAAUUUAACUGAACAUAGAGUUGUUGGAUUUGCUAUGGAUUUUAAAAUAUCAGUGUCUGCGAAUAUUAGUUAUCACCCACAGCAGCAGGACAAAUAUUGGAUAUCAGUAUCGAUAAAAAAAAAAAAAAAAAAAUCCAUACUAGCCCAUCCCUAGUCUGACCCUGCCCGGGCCCACCCACGCCCCAGGCUGUCCAAUCACUGGGCUCAGCUGUCUGACACCAAACAAUCAGGAGUCAGUCUGGCCCCACCCUGAUGCCUGUAUAAACUGAUGAAGAGGAAGAGAGAGAGGAGGGAGUUAGCGACGCUCUUUACUGUAGCGCACAUUCAUUCCUUUAGAGACCAAAACAUCCUAAGUCUUAUGUCUUUAUUUUGUAUUGACAGUAUUUGACUGUUAUUUGAAUUUAAGGAGGGGCUAUUAUGCAACAUGGACUUUUUGGAGCUUUCUAUCAUGGUAUAACAUUCCCUCAUUAAAAACAUGUCUGAAGACAUUUCAGAUGUCAUCCAGGCAUCCAUGUGAGUAAUCUAGUGAUCUCUCCUGGCCCUCUUUACGGUUAGCAGUACGAGACCAUGUUUCUUGUAGGCUUGUGGGUGAAGCCUUGUACAUCAUCCGUGCUUCCCUCACAGCCAGUUUUCAUGAACAUACAGUACAUUAGAUACUUUAUUUUCAGUGAAUAUACUAUUUUCAACACGAUUAAAGAUAACAUAUGUAAAUAUGUUGUGCUACAGUUAAUACCCCAUAUAAGUGUAAUAGCCUCUCUUUAAAUGAUGUUUUUCCUCUACUGCUCUGACAGAGGAGCAAGAUUCCACCUGAAAGUUCUUUCUUUCUUUUUUUUUUUUUUAUUAUGUUUCUGAACUGUCUGUAAGUUAUUAUACAUAUUUAUGACCUUAAAUGAUACAAAAUAAUAUAUUAGCUUGUAGCAUUAAGUCCAGUGAGGCUAGGCUCAGAAAGGCUUUUGGGUUUGCUACAACAUUUAUUUUGCACAUGUCAAUAUGUAAGUGAUCAUUUCCCUGAAUGUCUGAACAUGCGCAGUUAUCCACAGAGGAGGGUAGAGUAGACAAAAAAUUUUACUCUUGUAAUAGUACUGUUACUUUUAAAUAGUAUUACUCAAGUAGAAGUGCAAACUAGUGAUCCAGGAAUUGGGCAAACUACUACAGAUGUGAGAAUAACUAUCUGGAUGCAGUCUAUUUGAAGUGAAAGUAAUUUGAAGGACAAAACAUAAAAGGAUGUAUAAAAUCUGGUAUUUUCAGACAGACUCAAAAACGAAACUAAAUCAGAUCUGAAGGAGCUCUGCAAGAAACACAAAUGCUCAAAUCAUUUCAUAUUGUUACAUAAAACUUUUGUCACUUUAGACUCACAGUGGGAAGAGGAAGCACAACUUUUACUCACUUAAGAGUACUGUUACACUCUACAAUACUGUAUACAGUAUUACUCAAGUACAAGUACUGCUACACUAAAUAUAUAAAUCAAGUAGGAGUAAAAGUAUGGGGUCUAAACAUGAAACAGAGAAAUACAAUUAUAUUUAAAAACACCAACUUCAAGAAAAUGUAUUUGAGUAAAUGUAACCAGUUUGCCCACCUCUGAUCAUCUGAGUUUUCUCAAUCCACCUUAGUCUUUUUACAGGCACUGCUCCAUGAACAGGCUGGUUUCACUGAAUGCUUUUAUUUGUCCUGGAUUAACCCUGGUCUGAUGCCAGUGUAAUUCUGAUGGAGACUUGGUUAGGUUCUGUUCUAGUCCUGGUUUAGUCCCAGUUAAAUCCCCUUUCUGAUGUGGUGUGCAAGUGUGAACACAGCCUACGGUUACUAUAGAAACAUGUCAUUAUAAUGGCCAUCUUACUUUAUGUUGAUAAUGGACACACUGUUUUCCAUUGUUUCAUGGGCUUUAUAGCAUCUGUAGCCAGCAGAAGGCGCCACACACCUCAUCCAAGCGUUCUCAGUGGAAAUUGCUGAACACUACUGAUGGUUUGGUUUAUUUAUUUAUUUGUUUGUCUCUGAUCCUGUAAAUGUGCAAAAUGUGUGUGAUUAAAGCACUGUACAGACACA